AUGCUCAAGUCAGACCAAUAAUGAGAUCUCUAUAAGAGUUCAGAUAUUGCAGAGCCACCUUUAAUUUUCAAUUAUUUGAAGAAGAAAAAAAACCCAAAGCUUUCUCUAUCAAACACAUGGACCACUGUCCCCUACUCCCCUCCCAUCUCCUUCCAGCCCUUCUCAUCUUCUCCAUCCAUCCUCUUAUUAUCCUCUCAAUCCUGCUUCUACCUAGCUAGCAUAUCCCUAUUCUUUAUUGCAUCACACUAUUAACCUCAACAAAAACCUUUCAUUCAAUUCCAGUUGUUUUUUUUUUUUCUCCAACAUCUAUCUUAUUAUGGGGUUUUCACACAAUACAUGAAAGCCAAAUUAAACCCUUUUUGUGCUUAUAUAUAUAACUAAUUAAUAACUUAUUAUUAAGAACUCCAUUGAGUUACCUAGGGUUUAAUUCGAUUAUUACGAUGAGUCAGUGUGUUCCCAGUUGGGAGGUUGAAGAUGCUAACCAGCCUCCUCUCGACAUCAAUGCUCUUGCUGAUUCUUUGUGUAGCGACGUUCCCUCUUUGGACUACGAAGUGGCGGAGUUGACGUGGGAAAAUGGGCAGUUAGCUAUGCAUGGGUUAGGCGCUCCGCGGCCGAGCAAGUUACUGGCCGCGGAGUUGAAGGACGCGUGGGAGAAGCCACGCGCCGGUGGCACGCUGGAAGCUAUUGUUAGCCAAGCCACCAGCAUGCCACGCCGAAAGCGUGUCGGCAUUGACGGGGUCGGAGGAUUCAUCGGCGGAGAGCUCGUCCCGUGGUUCGACCCGCAUACCCAACAACUCGUCGCGGGCUCCCCCAAGAAAACCCCCGGAGCCUCGGCCGCCACCAUUACAAUGGACGCAAUGGUGCCUUGCGCCAAAGCUACAUCCGCGCCCGGUGCUAGGUGGACCGGGCACGACCGAGAGCCCACCGCUGCCACCCGCUUGAUCCCGGGAUUCUCGGGACACGUCGGAUCGUGUAGCGGCGUGCCCACUGCACGUGUUGGCGGCGGUGGUGCUGCUCAGGAUUGGAGCAACAAGGGUGAGAUGAGUGUGAGCGGAAGCGCCACGUAUAUGAGGGAUAGCCGGCAAGUGACAAUGACGGAUACCGGCGGCGAUAGAGAUCUUUGCACGGAGGGGUUCACUUCCACGUCCAUGCCGUCGCUGGGAAACACCAGCUCAGAGAAACAGUGCACUAUGAAGUCAAACGACGAUAAUGACAACUCAGUUUGUCACAGUAGAUCCCAGAGGGAUAUUGACAUGGAUGAUAAAAAAGUAAAUGGAAAAUCCUCAGUUUCAACAAAAAGGAGCAGGGCUGCGGCUACUCAUAACCAGUCUGAAAGGAAGAGAAGAGACAAAAUUAAUCAACGGAUGAAGACAUUGCAGAAGUUGGUUCCAAAUUCGAGUAAGACGGAUAAGGCGUCCAUGCUAGAUGAAGUGAUAGAAUACCUAAAGCAACUCCAAUCACACAUCCAGAUGAUGAGUAGGAUGAACAUGUCGCCGGCCGCCAUGAUGUUCCCGUUGGCGAUGCAACAGCAGCUGCAGAUGUCGAUGAUGGCGCCGGCUGCGGCGGCGAUGGGGAUGAACAUGGGGAUGGGGAUGGCGGGAAUGAUGGACAUGAACAACGUCGCUGGCCGUUCCAACAUGGCUGCCGCCAUGCCCCAGCUCCUCAAUCCUGCAACGGCUGCUGGCGCAGCCGCCGCUUUCCUGCCGAUGGCCGCCGCUUGGUGGGAGAACUCCGCCGCCGACCGCAUGCCAGCCGCCCCCACAACCGUAAUGCCGGACCCUUUAGCCGCGGCUUUUCUUGCUUGCCAAUCACAGCCAAUGCAAGCGGAUGCUUAUAGUAGGAUGGCAGCCAUGUACCAACAGGUCCAACAGUUUCAACAAGCUUCUGGUGGUCAAAAGAACUGAGCUUUUUUGUUAUUUAUUUUUAAAUUUGAACCUUUUCUACUUCUUGACUUGGUUAAGUUGAAGAUGAUCGGUGUGAUUAAAGGAUGCAAUAUGUGAAUUGUGUAGGCUGGAAAUCUCUGUAUGUGCAUCUGCUCUAACCACUUGAUCAAGAUUCUUUCAUUCAAUACAUAUUGAGUUCAAUAAUGCAUAUAUUUUAAUUAAGAGGUUGUAUAUAAAUAUUUUGUGAUGUGAUAUAACUAAUACAUACGGAGUUAAUAGUAUAUAUGUACCAAUAAAU